AACCAAACGGAUCCUUCAUUCCUGUGCCUAGGAGGGCCAACCAAAAAACGAGGCCUGGAUAGGGUGCUCAACUGCUCAGUAGUCAGUACCGGUGGCAGGCAGCUCGGCCCCAGUUCUAUCCCUGUUCCUUGCUGCUGCUAUCCUUCACUCUCCUCCCCAUCCGGCCUUCGUCUGCCAUUACUGCAAGACGGGAGCUGCGUCUGUAUGGGUCUGCAGAUGAUGCAAGGCAGGCCCUGCGCCUCGUGCUAUCCAUCGUCCUCGUCGUCUUCCUCCUCGUGGAUGAUGGCGGCCCAUCCCCCGAAACAGCCUCCUCAUCCAUUGGGGGGAAGGUCAAUUUCUUCUGAAUCCCUUGCAGCACUGGCCUUGCAUCUCGUGCUAAAACGCCGCAAAUACCAUGGCCGGGACAUUGCGACCGCUUUUGCAUCUUCAUCCAGUGUGCUUCAGAUCACAGAGAACAAGUCAAGUAGCUUGACGAAACCCAAGGCAGAAAGGAAGGUCCUUGAUGACGCUCUUGACAGAAAUUUACAGUAUGACUGGAUGGAUGAAGAGACGUUAUUCUGGCUGGAUAGGAAUUACACAAAUAGCAAUCUACAGUAUGACUUGUUAAUGGAAAACCUUCAAGCAUUGGAGACUAGUUUGGCUGGCAAAGACUUGAAAAUGCUGGAAAAGGAUAUCCUUGUACAUAUUGAACAGCUUGGAGCUCUGGGAUCGUUUAACGCGUCUAUGUCCAGGGCCACCCUAGACACCCUAACACAGACCUCACAUGAACCAGAUUUCUCUCUGCUUGACAAAGUCAUCAAGUUUGACCCAGAGACUCCUCUGAAGGAGCAAGAUGCUGAAGUAAUCGUUCGGAGUGGCAAGAGUCAAGAGAGGAAACAGAAAAGAAUGAGAGCAUCAGAAAAGGCCUCCAGGAUCUCUGUGAAGGUAAAUCCAAGAAGAUCGAAGAAAUCGCGCAAGUAUAGUAGCAGUCAGUUUAUAUCCGAGUGGAAAAAUUAUCCGGGGCGGAGAAGGACCAUUGUACGUGAACAAUCAUCAUCGUUAGUUACCAUCAAGGAAUGUGCAAACCUUGAGAAGAUCAGAGAGGACAUGAUAAAGGAGGGGCAGGAGGUGAGCUAUCAGAGGUGGGCAGAGGAAGCUGGAGUUGAUGAGGCAGAGCUGAAGAGGAGGCUACAGGCAGGUUACUGCUGCCGAGAGAGGUUGAUAGUGACCACCGAGUGGCUCGUCCGGUACAUCGCAAGAACAUACACCGGAAUGGGAACGGCUUUCGACGAUCUACUUCAGGCUGGGAAGAUGGGCGUCCUUGAUGGCGCCGAGAAGUUCGACAGCCGGAAGGGGUGCAAGUUCUCCACGUACGUCAAGUACUGGAUCAGGAAAGGGAUGCUAGCUCUCCUGGCCGAAAAUUCAGGAGUCACCUUGCUGCCGGCAAGAAUGGAGUGCAUCAUCCGCAAGGUGAAGGAGGCGCGGCGCGCGAUCCGGUACAGCCAAGGGAGGAACCCAUCGGAUUCAGAGAUCGCCGCCGUGAUCGGCGUGUCCGUGGCCAACGUCAGGCUGGCGCGCAAGUGCUCUCGCAGGGUCCAGUCACUCUACUCGGAGAUCGGGAUCGGGCAGAAUGCAAAGUUCACGGAGGUGAUCCCGGACGCGUCUCUGGAGGCUGCCGACGAGGCCAUCUUCCGGGCGCAGCUGAGGGAGAGGCUGCUGGUGGUGCUGGACAGGCUGCCGGCGCGGGAAGGGCACGUGCUGAAGCUGCGGCACGGGCUGGAGGACGGCAGGUGCAUGUCGCUGGAGCAGAUCGGCCGCAUCUACCGCGUGUCCAAGGAGUGGAUCAGGAAGAUCGAGAAGUCGGCCAUGGCCAAGCUCAGGAACCAGGACGUGCGCCGCGAGCUCGACGACUUCUGCAGCUUCUAGAUGCUCCCGUGAGCUACAUGCUAGCUGGGCACGGUAGCAUGUACAGUUCAAUUUCCAAGCAAUUCACGCUACCAGAUUGAAGCUGUAUAUAAAUAUAUCACACUCUCAGCAUUCAUUGUACUAGCGUAAGCAGCUUCCUGGAUAUAUCACACUUCAUACUUGGAAACUGCGCGCUCUGUUCGCAAGAGGUGGAGUAUUUGAACCA